GAAAUAUGUAAUUCCUAGCGAGUCCAUCAGUUGAUGGCACAGCGUCAGUAUCAUCUUUUACACGUGCAAUUUCUGUUCAGUUAGACAACAUGUGGUGUCGAGGUAUUUUAGGGUCGCGUGUUAUUUCCAACAAGACAGCUAUUUUCACAUACUUGCGGUACUUGACAAGUAAUAGGCUCAACGCUAUUGAGACUCCUAAUGUAAUUCCUGGUGAAUCACUCAACACUGUUCCGUUUAGACACUCAAUGCGACGUGCAAUCGCUUCAAACGCACGUGAAAGUACAAUCGGCGACAUUAUCGAUCAAUGGAGUCAUCGAUUCGAGACCGAGGGCAUACCGGAACCGGUAGAGUCGAUAGAACACAUAGUAGCGCACGUUAUAGGAACCAAGAAGACAUUAGAUGUUUUAAACAUGAAAAACGACAGACUCAGCGCUAAUCAGAUCAAGAAAUUAGAAUUACUGUGCGAAUGCCGAUUGUCGAGGAUGCCAGUGCAAUAUAUUAUUGGCGAAUGGGAUUUUCGGGACAUCACCGUGAAACUAGCACCACCAAUUUUUAUACCUCGCCCUGAGACAGAAAUAUUAGUGGAUUUCGUCUUAAAAAGACUAAACUUGUCACAAGCUGAAAGUUCUGAGAUUUUAGAGAUUGGUUGCGGUUCCGGUGCUAUUUCAUUAGCACUUGCUCACGCUUGUAAGAAGAUAAAGUGCACAACGAUCGAUGCCAAUCAACACGCUUGCGACUUGACGAUAGCAAAUCGAAACACACUGAACCUGACGGAUCAAAUCGUAGUGUUACACGCGACCUUGAAGUCGGACGCCACGAUUGAAGUUACGAGCACCUUCAAUGGUGCCGGCAACGUGGAUUUGAAUUCGAAGCAGUUUGACUUCGUAGUCAGUAAUCCACCAUAUGUACCGACGAAGAAAAUAUUUGAACUAGAGCCUGAGAUAAAAAUUUAUGAAGAUCUCAAGGCGUUGGAUGGUGGCGAUGAUGGACUGAAGAUCAUCAAACCACUCUUAAGAUAUGCUGCUAAGGUGUUAAAACCUGGCGGACGUCUCUUUUUGGAAGUUGAUCCUACUCAUCCAAAGUACAUAAAAUUUUUCACAAAUAAAUAUUCCGAUUUGAAGCUGCAUCACGAACACACGUACAAAGAUUUCUGUAAUAAUGAUCGUUUCGUGGAAGUACUAAAAAUCAACUAAUGAAAAAGCAAUCAGUACCAUGAGCUCUC